AUGAGAAUUAAUGAUGGAAAUGUAAAGGUGGUUGUACUUGAUUUUUUAACUCUUAACGAGCAUGAUGAUGACGACCAAAAUUCUAUUCAUAUUAUUCGGAGAUUGGAAUUAUUAUUGAAUAAGAAAUUCUCAUUGCAACAAUUAGGAAAGAAGAAAUGGCUCGAGAAUAGAGAUUUGAAAUACCAGAAUUGCAUUCCUGUUGAGUUUAUGAACGAUCGGCAAUUUAUUUUGAAUCACAUUAAAAAGUUUGGCUAUGGCUGGAAAUAUGCAUCCACCAAGUUACAAGAAGACCGAGAGUUUCUAUUGAAUGUAGCUCAAUACAAUGGAUCAAAGGAAUUACUAUUAAUAUUUCCAACUUACAGUAUUGGGAACGAUACUGAAUUAAUAUUGACUUCCGUAAAGCAUGACGAAGAGGUAAUGAAUUCCGUUCCAACUGUGCUACGAAAAAAUAAGGAGUUUAUGUUGAAAGUAGUUCAGUUGAAUGGAAAAGCGCUGUCCUAUGCAGAACUACCUCUUAAGAAUGAUCUUGACAUUGUAUUAGCUGCUGUGAGACAAAAUGGUGAAGCACUGAGAUGUAUUUAUGUUGACCCAACCUGUUGUUUGAGAUCAAAUAAGGACGUAAUUUUAGAAGCGAUCAAACAAAAUAAGAAGGCACUUCAAUGGGUUCCAAUGAAUUUACUCACAGAUCUUUCUUUCAUGUUGAAAGUUGUUACAUUAAUUUUUCCUGAAUUCGAAGGAUUGAAGUUUGCCUCCGAUGAUUUGAAGAAUGACAAGGAUAUUGCGCUUGUUGCCGUUAAGAAAGAUGGUAAUGCAUUGAAUUUUGUCUCUGCAGCAUUGAAAAGUGAUUAUGAUGUGGUAUUAGCUGCUGUUAGACAAUAUGAGCAUGCCCUUGUUUAUGCCUCCAAUGAUUUGAGAAAUGACAAAGAAAUUGUAUUAGAGGCUAUUAGGAAAUAUGGUUCUGCUCUUUGUUUUGCAUCGGAUGAGUUGAAAAAGGAUCGAGAGAUUGUUUUGGAAGCAGCUCAAGAGAUGGUUUGCGCUUGA